GUAUUUUUAUUCAAAUGUGGAUCCAAACAAAACCUCAAGUUAGAAAUAUUAAUAUACUAUUAGUAAGGGUACGGCGUCUUUAGUAAUAUUAGCAAAUACCCCUGCUAAUUAGGACACUGUCCCUUGCAACCACGAAGUCAAAGCAAGAUGAACCUUUGCACAUCUGCUCCAACUUCAGUCAUCUUCCCCAAAUUCAAUGCUUCUCAACAUGUCAGAUGUAGAUCAUCAUCAUUCUACAAAUGCUCUCAUCAGAGCAAUCUGGAAUCGCCCAAGAGAAGCGAUUUAAAGAUAGAGCCACCAUUCCCACGUUUGCUUUGCCAAAACCAUUCUUGCUUAUGCGGCAGAAGGCAGUUCAUUGAAGCAGCUGCAGCUACAUCUCUGCUCCCUCUUUGCCCUUCAAUGGCUUCUUCUAAUCCAUCCUCUGAUUACACUGCUAUGUUGAAUAGGGUUCGCUCUCCUAAGCCAGAAUGGUAUGAGGAUUUCUUUGCUUCAUUUCUGGCUAAUUCCAUGAAAUCGUAUGAAGAGGAGAUUGCAGAUUACAAGUCCCAGAUGUUUGCCAAUUUGAGUGGGAAGGCUCAGAAAGUGUUGGAGAUUGGAAUUGGUGCAGGUCCUAACCUUAAGUAUUAUGCUGGGGAUGAAGGUGUGCAGGUUUAUGGUGUGGAUCCAAAUCAAAAAAUGGAGAAAUAUGCUCGAGAAGCAGCACAGAAUGCUGGUUUGCCACCAGAGAAUUUUGUGUUUAAACAAGCGGUUGGUGAGGCUAUACCACUACCUGAUGCUUCUGUCGAUGCUGUUGUUGGAACACUUGUCUUGUGCUCUGUGACCAAUGUUGACAUGACUCUAAAGGAGGUGAAGAGGGUUCUAAGACCUGGUGGACUAUACAUAUUUGUCGAACAUGUUGCUGCAAAAGAAGAAACCAUGCUUCGAUUUAUGCAGAAUGUGCUUGAUCCUCUGCAACAAAUUGUUUUUGAUGGAUGUCACCUUACUCGGACGACAGGAUCAAAUAUAAUUGGAGCAGGAUUUUCAAAUGUUGAUCUAAACAUGGCUUCAUUCUCUAGUUUGGCCUUCAUAAAUCCUCAAGUUUAUGGAAUUGCUUAUAGAUGAUCACAAAUGGAACCCCACAUUUUCACUCUGUAUCCUCUUUCAUUAUCUUUUUCUGUCUUUUUUUUUUUCCUUGAUAAAGACAUGUUCUAUUCAAACAUAAUUUCAUAAAUGUCCAAACAUUUGAAUGUUUACAUAACUAAAACUUCUCUAUUUUCUCUUACCA